ACCACACAAUACUCUAUGUCGUCGCGAUUCUGUGGUCCUGUUGCUUCGAUUGUCUUACAGAGUGGGCGGCUGAAAAAAAGUGUUUCGUUUGUAGGUUUAAACGCAAAUUAUAAUCAAUAAACCGACUGGUUAGGCAAAGGGUUCUCUAGUGGGGAGCGAUCUAAGGAGAAAACCGGAAAGUAGAGGUACUUAGAAUGGAACCCGAGACAGCCUCCCUACUUUUCAGGCUGAGGUCUGGACAGAUACAGGCUGGAGCUGUACAGAAAAUGUCAUUUCCCCCUCACAUGAAUCGCCCACAAAUUGGGAUUCCCCCUCUUCCGCCGGGGAUCCCCCCUCCCCAGUUUGCAGGCUUUCCUCAGACUGUACCUCCAGGGACACCUAUGAUUCCAGUUCAUAUGGGCAUUAUGACAUCUGCUCCUACUGUCCUGGUCCCCACUAUGCCCAUGGUAGGGAAGCCAAUGGGACCUCGCAAAGACUUCCCUGGCAUGAGAAACAAGGAGAACGAUGACAGCGGUGGUCCAACCACGACAGUCUUUGUGGGAAACAUCUCAGAAAAAGCUUCCGACAUGCUUAUUCGGCAACUGUUAGCAAAAUGUGGCUUGGUACUAAGCUGGAAAAGAGUUCAAGGAGCUUCUGGAAAACUCCAAGGUAAAAACAGAACAGCGUUUGGUUUCUGCGAGUACAAGGAGCCUGAAUCCACACUCCGCUCACUACGGUUGUUGCACGAGUUGCAGAUUGGGGACAAGAAGCUGCUGGUGAAAGUGGAUGCCAAGACCAAAGCACAGCUGGAUGAGUGGAAAGCCAAGAAAAGGAGCGCAAAUGGGAGCACGAAGCCUGACUCGAGUGUGGAUGAGGUGGAGGAGGAGCUGGACGACGAGACAAAGCGGCGCGACCAGAUUGUGAAGGGCGCCAUCGAGGGACUGAUCCGAGAGUACUCCAGUGAGCUCAACGCUCCCUCCCAGGAGGCAGACACACACCACAGGAAAAAGAAAAAGGAAAAGAAAGAAGAUGAAGAUAUAAAUGCAAUAGACAUGGAAGAAGACAAAAGAGACCUGAUUUCUCGAGAGAUCAGUAAAUUCAGAGACACACACAAGAAACUGGAAGAAGAGAAAGGGAAGAAAGAAAAGGAGAGGCAGGAGAUCGAGAAGGAGCGACGGGAGAGAGAGAAGGAACGGGAGCGGGAGAGGGAGAGGCGUGACCGGGAGAGAGAGAGGGAGCGAGAGAGAGAGAAGGAAAAAGAGGAGAGGGAGAGGGAGAGAGACCGGGAGCGGACCAAGGACAAAGAGAGAGAGCGAGAAAGAGAGCGUGAGAAAGAACGAAGCCGGGACCGCAGCAAGGAUCGCAGCCGAUCGCGGGAGAAGAGUCGCGAUAAAGACAAGAAGCGUGACCGUGAGGAAGAUGAGGAGGAGGCUUAUGAGCGCAGGAAACUUGAAAGGAAACUGCGUGACAAGGAAACUGCAUACCAGGAGCGGCUUAAAAACUGGGAAAUUCGGGAGAGGAAGAAGGCUCGGGAAUACGCAAAAGAAGCAGAACGGGAAGAAGAGAGAAGGCGAGAAACGGCAAAAGAAGCCAAAAGACUGAAGGAGUUUUUAGAAGACUAUGAUGAUGACCGGGAUGAUCCUAAAUAUUACAGGGGCAGCGCUCUCCAGAAGCGCCUGCGAGACAGAGAGAAGGAGAUGGAGGCAGACGAGCGAGACCGGAAGCGUGAAAAGGAAGAGCUGGAGGAAAUCAGACAGAGGCUGCUGGCAGAGGGGCACCCAGACCCUGACGCAGAGCUGCAGAGGAUGGAGCAGGAGGCAGAGCGGCGCCGGCAGCCCCCAGUGAAGCAGGAGCCAGAGUCGGAAGAGGAGGUAGAGGAGGAGAAGCCUCCUCAGAAAGAGGAGAGGAGGGAGGUGGAGCUGGAGCCAGAGUCAGAGGAUGAUGUGGAAGAAGGGGAGGAGCUGGAGGAGGAAGAGGAGGAGCAGGAAGACCUCCAGGAGCCAAAGCCCUGCCUCAAACCCACGUUGCGGCCCAUCACCUCUGCACCCUCCGUCUCCUCGGGCAGUGGCGGUGCCACCCCGAACACGCCUGGCGAUGAGUCCCCCUGCGGCAUCAUCAUCCCCCACGAGAACUCCCCUGAGACACACCCACAAGAGGAGCUACGGCCCAAGAUAGGGCUCAGCCUCAAACUUGGCCCAUCAAACAGCCCGAGCCAGCCCAGCGUUGGGAAGCGGAAGAAGCUGGUGGUGGACAGCGUGUUCAACAAGUUUGAUAACGAGGAAAGCGAUGAGGUGCCUCGCAAGAGGAAGCUGGUGCCACUGGACUACGAGGAGGACGAGAAAGGGGGCGGCAAGGGCAACGUAAACACAGAGGAGAAGCGCAAGCAUAUAAAGAGCCUGAUAGAGAAGAUCCCCACCGCCAAGCCCGAACUUUUCUUAUACCCUCUCGACUGGUCCAUUGUAGACACGACACUAAUGGAGCGUCGAAUCAGACCCUGGAUCAAUAAGAAGAUCAUUGAAUACAUUGGAGAGGAAGAGGCAACACUAGUGGACUUUGUAUGUUCGAAGGUUAUGGCUCACGGCACACCACAAGGCAUUCUAGAUGAUGUUGCUAUGGUAUUAGACGAGGAAGCGGAAGUCUUCAUAGUGAAAAUGUGGAGGUUAUUGAUAUACGAAACAGAAGCAAAGAAGAUUGGACUGGUGAAAUGAAAUAAAUAAACAAAAAGCAACAAAAGAAAGGGGGGGGGGGGAUAAUGAAUAGAACUAAUUCCCGUUUGGCUUUCUUUCCUUCCAUCAUUAAAACCCACAACUGAAAGUUUUCUUUUUUUUCCUUCGUUCUCCCUCUUGGUCUUGAUUGUCCACGGAGGGGUGUCUGGAUUGUUAAACGCAGCAAUGAAAGAAUGUGUUUCCUCAUUUCUUUCUGUUGCCCACUUUUGCCACUGACAAAUGUGUACAUUUGACUGGACUUUGUUUCUUUGUGCACUAAUUUUAGUGUACCCAGAUAAACUACUUGUAAUAGCGCAUGGUCAAACUUAAUUUUUCAAGUCUGGUUGCUUAGUGGUUCGAAUGCUGAACUAAAAAGUAGUGGUUCUGUGUUUUUCGUCAGUGCAAUGUCACAUGUCUAUUGAAAUUUGAUAUUCAUGUUUAUUUACAAACAAUGCCUGUUGACAGGAUGCUGCUUAGGGAGUUAGUAAGUCCAGAAUAUUUGGGCUUUAGAAGAUGCAAUGUCCUGUAAAGUGCUAGGGAUGCAGAAGUCCAAUUCACAGUGUCUGCAGCAUAGUUUAUACACAAGGAUUGGAAAUACUUUUUACUGUUUUUUUUUUUGUUUGUUUUUUUGCAGAUGUUUUCUUCUAAACUGAUUUGUGGUUUUAUGGGCUUUACACACACACACACCCUUCCCUUUUGCUAAUCCUGCUAACUUUUAGAAGGCUAAGAUUUCUGAAUUAGUGACAUUUAAAAAUCCUUGCCUCCAGUGAAAUCUACUAAACCUGCUCAGCUAAAGAUGAUCUCACUUAGACCUGUCUGCACUCCAAAACACUAGACUUUUUAAAGGUUUUGUUGCAGUCGUACAAUAUAGUUGAGCAGAUCUGCUUAAGGAAUCAAAGACAUUGUAAUAGUUUGGAUUGAUGCACAUAAGGGGAUAAAAAAAAGCUUCUGUAUGUAUUGGGAUACCAGAAACCUGGUCAUUUCAGUGCCUGCUGUAAAUAUCCUCAUGGUAGUGCUGUUGGAUAUCCUGUGAAUUAGAUCCCAGAAUUUGUCAACUGCAAAAACUGUUCUCUCAAGGUAGAUAAGGUUAAGUGGAGACAUUGUCACGACCUAGUGAUUGAUUGUUUUCUUAGAUGUUCUGCUCUUUCUAUUGUGCAAACCCAUAUUAACGACCAAAUGCAAAAUUUAGAUCCUCUUAUGCUGACAAGCAACUCCUGCUUUGGUUUCCUUAUUGGACAGUUAAAAUAAAAAAAUUAAGAGCCACCAUGAGAAUGAAGGUAAAGCACAUGGCAAUGCUGGAAGAUUAAUUUCGCUGCGCUUUCAAGAUUUAUAGCGCAUUUGUGCCCUGUCUUCCCUGUAGUGUAGCAUUUAACUCUGGCUACUUAAAGCAGAUGCCCGUUAUGUAGUCUGGUUUUACCCAAAGUAGUCUGCAGUGUUCUUCAUAAGAUUUUCAGAAACACAUGGGCACAUUUUUUUCAGUUGUACGCAUGUAUGGGGCAGAGCCAAAUUUACUGUCUUUCAUAUUAAUCCUCUGCAUGUGUGAAGACAAUUGCUUAGUAAAAUUUAGCAAUGCCGUCUAAUCAUACAGGGCUUCCUUGAGUAUUUCUGAGAAUUUCAGCAUCUCACAGUGGAACACGCAGCUCUGCAUUGUUUUGUGACCAUUUUCAGCAACGAUGAGAGACAUUUAUUUUGUUAAAGCAGGUGUAAAAAUAAUGCAAUUCAAAAGUGUGUGCCAGUGGUGUAUCUGAAUUUAUCUGUAUUGGGCUGUUAAUGUUUUGCUUAUGGUAAAUAAUUGAUGUACCUUGACAAAAACUUGCAAAAUGGAAAAGAAAGUUAAACAGGAUGUUGAAAUAAUUGCAAUGACUUGAGGGAAACUUUAGCCACCUUCAGACUGCUGCAUGAAGAAUCGGACAAUGAUGGGGUUAAACACGAAAACUUGGUACUGAGCAGGAAGACAACAAUUUUGGGACAGUACUUGAGCCAAUGCAUGUUUAAUUUUGGAACAUUUAGUCCUGGCCCUCCAUUUUAAUCCCAAAGAUCUCUUAACUUGCCUAGGUUUUGAACCUCUCUGCCACUGUAGUAACAUUUUGCCCUUGUGUAUUUAAGUGUUAUGUGAGCUGUGGACAUAAGUUUAAACACGUGAACAAAUACAACAGAAAUCUAAAAUGUCUUGAAAAGGCCACAUACUCUUUUUACUCAAACUUUAUUUUAAUUGAAAUACAAAAGAUGGUUGUGAUUGUCAAAUCGCAGUGUGGUGAAAGGAGUUGCAUCAGUGAUUGAACAUUGUCAAUGGACCUAUGGCUUUAAUUGUUUGGUUUAUUGUUUCUUUUUUAUAAAAUUAUUUUUUUGGUUUAUGGA